GCAGCGAUUUCCCUAUGCGAAAUCUUAUGCUGCCGAGACUUGCCACUUGCCGGCAAAAAGCGUGAUCGUGUUUUGUUCUACACUGUUGCUCCAACGCUCCAAACAAAAUGGCCAACAUUGCUAAACUGUUCACUGUGCGUGCACAAACUCUGCUGCAGACAGCCGCCCGUCAGCCCCAAGUAGCCACACGCUUCAGCAGCUCCAACAGUUGGGAAUAUAUCAAGACCGAAGUGACUGGAGAGAAGAAAAAUGUUGCUGUUAUUACAUUGAACAGACCCAAGGCAUUGAAUGCUUUGUGCAAUGGCCUGAUGCUGGAGCUGUCCACUGCCUUGAAGAGCUAUGGCAAGGAUCAGAGCAUUGCUGCCAUUGUGCUGACUGGUAGCGAAAAGGCAUUCGCCGCUGGCGCUGACAUCAAGGAGAUGGCACCCAACACAUACUCCCAGUGCAUUCAGGGCAACUUCCUCAAUGAUUGGACUGAGGUGGCACGCACCCAGAAGCCAAUCAUUGCUGCUGUGAAUGGCUACGCGCUUGGUGGUGGCUGUGAGCUGGCCAUGAUGUGCGACAUUAUUUAUGCAGGCGAUAAGGCCAAAUUUGGCCAGCCCGAGAUUGCGCUCGGCACCAUUCCCGGCGCUGGUGGCACUCAGCGUCUAACGCGUGUGGUUGGCAAGUCCAAGGCUAUGGAAAUGUGCCUGACUGGCAACAUGAUCAAUGCCACAGAGGCCGAAAAGGUGGGUCUGGUUAGCAAGGUUAUCCCAGCUGAUCAGCUGUUGGGCGAAGCUGUUAAGCUAGGCGAGAAGAUUGGCACACACUCGAGCUUGAUUGUGCAGCUAUGCAAGGAGGCCGUCAACACAGCCUAUGAGACCACAUUGCAGGAGGGUCUGAAGUUCGAGCGUCGCACGUUCCAUGCUACCUUCUCGACUGCUGAUCGCAAGGAAGGCAUGCAAGCCUUUGUGGAUAAACGCCCCGCCAAUUUCAAGAACGAAUAAAUUAUGUAGAUAAACUACGUACGCAUCUACUCAGCCAGCAUUGCAUUUAUAAAACGCUACACGUUAUUUGUACGCAAAUAAAAAUUGUUAAACAACA